AUGCCUCCCGCUAGAUCGGUUCGCACGCAGCGACUGGUUUCGAACGAGAAUGAUGAGAACAGUGGCUCUACGCGCAUGACGCGCGCCAAAGCCGCCGCGCAAGGCAUCGACGAGCCCAACAAGGUGCUCCAGACCAAAAAGUCCGCCCUGACUGUGAACGCCCAGGGCAUCCAGAGGAAGCGCGGCGCGCUUGAGGAUGUGAGCAACGUGGGAAAGAUCAGCAACGUCGAAGGCAAGAAGGCAGCUAGCAAAGGCAGCCUCGUAUCCAAGGUCGCCCAACCUACCGGCAUCCAGAAGCAACACUCCCGCGCCACCUCAACGCGUCCCGUCCAUGGCACGAAGGACUUGAAAAAGCCUGAUGCGAAGCGAAGCGGCUCUGGAUCCAUAGCCGCCGUCCCGAAACGCAAGGUUCCCUCGACAACUGGAUCUUCCUUGAAGGAAGCCACGCCUGUCGACGAUGGUGAGCCUGCUCUGAAGAAGCGCGUUCGCGCCGAGGACAAGGUUGAGCUCGUUGACGCCAGCGCGCCUACCGUCGACGUCGAGCCUGUCGCCGCCGCCGAGCCCAGCCUGCCCGCCGGAGUGAAGGAUCUCGACAGUGAAGACCUCGACGACCCCCUCAUGGUUGCCGAGUACGCCAACGAAAUCUUUGAGUAUCUGCGGGACCUGGAGUGCAAGUCUGUUCCCAACCCUAACUACAUGGAGCACCAGGACGACCUGGAGUGGAAGACUCGCGGCAUCCUUGUGGACUGGCUCAUCGAAGUUCACACCCGCUUUACGCUGCUCCCCGAGACCCUGUUCCUGGCCAUCAACAUUAUCGACCGCUUCCUCUCGGAAAAGGUCGUUCAGUUGGAUCGCCUGCAGCUGGUCGGCGUUACAGCCAUGUUUAUUGCGGCCAAAUAUGAGGAGGUUAUGUCUCCUCAUGUUGGUAACUUCCGCAAGAUUGCGGACGACGGUUUCACCGAGGGCGAAAUUCUUAGUGCCGAACAAUUCCUGCUCAGCACGCUCAACUACGACCUCAGCUACCCGAACCCCAUGAACUUCCUUCGACGCAUCUCCAAGGCCGAUAACUACGACAUCCAGUGUCGCACCAUUGGCAAAUAUCUUACCGAGAUCAGCCUUCUUGACCACCGCUUCCUGGCCUACCGCCCCAGCCACGUCGCUGCCGGUGCUAUGUACUUGGCUCGUAUGAUCCUGGACCGUGGCGAAUGGGACGAAACCAUUGCGUACUACGCCGGAUACACCGAGGAGGAGGUCGAGCCUGUUGCUCACUUGAUGGUCGACUACCUCGCACGUCCUGUCGUCCAUGAAGCCUUUUUCAAGAAGUACGCUAGCAAAAAGUUCCUCAAGGCCUCAAUCCUGACCCGCUCGUGGGCGAAGAGAAUGGCCGCCCACUUCGGCAUCACGGACACACACCUCUCUUUGGACCAGAUCUCGACACGCGAAGACGACAGUCACUACGGUCAAUACUAA